CUUGCAGAGAGGCUGGUGCGCCUUCUCAAGAUUGGAGAACAUUGCAGAAAGAAUGAGCGAUGCAAAAACCCGAUUGCCUGACUAAGUUGAGAUGUUCAAGCACGCAUCGGGCCCCGACUUUGACACAGCCAAAACGAAGUGAUCCUACUCCCCCGAUAUUUCAAGCAGGUACAAAACAUAUUCUGCUGACCCCGGUGAGUAUCUAGAUUAUCUGGAUCCAGAGCCUGCGUAUCAAUGAUGCUCAGGCGCAACGUAAAGGCGAGAAACAUACAAUACACUUCCACUGUUAUCAGUGGAAGAUCACGUGCCAAGCCUUUUCGGGGAGUGUUAUGUUUGGCACAUUUGCAGAAUUCUGAGUCACAUGACUAAUCUUGUCGCAUUUUCGACCGCCACAAGGAAAGCUCCCGUUAUCGCGUCAACUUCAACUGCCUGGUUCUGAACUGCUGUCUGAUCAGACCUCGCGCAGACCAAACUUCAUUCCGAACAUCUUCAACAUUGAAACUCUCCCUACUGAAUAUCCGAGCUUUUACGACCAAGUGAUCCGAAAAGCGCUUUGAUCCUGGUGGCGCAAGAAGACGGGCUCUCUCCAGACUUCAAAUUCCGCUACUGAAUCCUCUCGCCACUCUCAAGCCCCCUUCAAUAUGCUUCCGACGAUCACACAAGACUCGCAGCUGGCGACCGCCAUUGCCAAUGUCGUUCGACCGAAACUGGUAGAAAUCGGCUGGAGCACCGAUGACGGACAGGAGUCGGCUCUCAUCGAAUACAUCGUUCUGAUGCUUGUCAACGGCAGGACUCAGGAACAACUGGCAACAGAGCUGUCGAACGACUUCCUCGGACUGGAGGAGGGUGACACACAGGCCCUUGAGUUUUCAAAUUGGCUCUUCGGUCAAGUUGAGACUCUUGAUCAACAAAUCAACGGCGUACCCGCGGCGAACAACCCUGCUUCCGAGCACGUACUAUCCGCCAACGCUCAAGACUUUACCCCUCAAGGAAAUGGAAUGGACUCAGAGAUGGGUGAUGUGGGUGAUUCUAUCCCUACUGGUCCCAAGGCUAUGCGCAACGGCCGACAGGCUGGUCGCGGACGAAUGCUGAACCAGAUCAACCGUAAUUUGGACCGGCCAGGUGACGGUGCACUCCACCGCGUUCGUGGACACCAAGGAAAUGCGCGAGUUGGAGGACACGGUCAGAAUCAAAUGAAGGGCAACCGAGGUGGCCGUGGUGGUCGACACAUGGGUGGCAUGGGAAUGCAGGGCAAUAUGGGUGGUGGCAUGAUGCAGAUGAGCCCCGAAAAUCAGAUGCAAAUCAUGUCCAUGCUAGAAGAGCAGGCACGCAUGAUGUCUCAACUUAUGCCUGGUUUUGUUCCUCCCGCCGUCAACCCCGCCUUCCAGAAUGGUGGUCAACAAGGCCGCUCACUUUUCGACCGUGUCGAGCCGCAAGGCCGGCGCGGUGGACGCUUCCAAGGACGCGGAGGACACCAGCAACGAAACAAGGGCGCAGAUAAUGCCGACGUCGACAUGGAUACUGGGAUGGACGGCGAGCAGGAUGAGAGCAACCCCAACAACAUCUGCCGGUUCAACCUCCGCUGCACUCGCAAAGACUGCCCCUUCGCUCACCAAUCCCCCGUUGCUCCCGAGGGUACAUCCAUUGAUGUAUCAGAUGUCUGCUCAUACGGCGCCGCUUGCAAGAACCGCAAAUGCACCGGUCGCCACCCCUCUCCAGCCGUCAAGUCCGCUCACCAAGCCGAAGAGAUGUGCAGAUUCUUCCCCAACUGCACUAACCCACACUGCCACUUUAAGCACCCCGACAUGCCGCUGUGCCGCAAUGGUGCCGACUGCAAGACUGAAGGCUGCAAGUUCACACAUGUCCAGAUUGCUUGCAAGUUCAACCCCUGCAUGAACCCUCGCUGUACAUAUAAGCAUGCUGAGGGCCAACGCGGUAACUUCGGCGACAAGGUUUGGACAGCAGGCGGAUCGACUAGCGAACGAAAAUUUGUCGAAGAUGAGAAUGCACCAGAGGAAUUGGUCAAGCCCGAGACGGGCGAUGCCUCGCAAAGCCAAGAGCUUACCGCGUGACUACGCCUUAACUGACGGGUGUCGAAAAUAAAAUGAAUUGGACGGGCGCAAGAAAGAGUUUGUUCCGUACCGGAGCACCGUUGUACACAAUCUGACCUGUGAUAAUGAAUGGUGAUUAGGGAGGGCGUUCAUGAUGAUUUGCUUGAUGGACCGAGACGAUGGGGUCCUUUUGCCUGUAAAUAGAUAUUCCCCGAUACUCAUGAAAGAAAGCGAACGCACAAUCAAUUCUGCGUCGCGCGGUAUUUUCAGAAAUUUCUCAAUUAUCUCGAUUCUCUUGUUUAGUCGUAUGACUUUGUAAACCAUCC